AUGAACCAAGUUCUCGUAUUUGAUGGAGAGCAUUAUGAAUACUGGCAGAGUCAAAUGGAGACAAUUUUCAUUUCUCAAGAUCUUUGGGAAAUCAUUGAAGAAGACAAUGAAGAUGAAGGCACCAAGGAGAUGACACCAGAACAAGAGAAGGAGUUUAAGAAGAACAAAAGGCGAAAUGCUUUAGCUCUUCGACUCAUUCAGCAAGGUGUUAGUAAGUCCAUAUUCCCUCGAAUUUUUGGUAUUAAAAAAGCUAAAGAUGCUUGGGAAAUUUUGCAAAAAGAAUUUCAGGGAUCUCAAAAAAUUGUCUCCAUCAAGUUGCAAUCCUUGUGGAGAGAUUUUGACAACUUGGCGAUGAAGGAAAGCGAAAACAUUCGGGAAUUCUUUUCUCGAGUUGCCGAAAUUAUUAACCAAAUGAAGAACUAUGGAGAGACUAUUCCAAAAAAGAGAGUCAAUAAAAAAGUUCUUCGAAGCCUUCCUCCAAAAUUGAACCAUGUUGUUACAACAAUUGAAGAGUCAAAAGAUUUCUCGAAAUUGACAAUCCUUGAACUAUUAGGAUCGCUUCAAGCUCACGAAGAGAGAUUGAACAAGUGUCCAACUCAAGCUGUGGAGCAAGCCUUUCAUACCAAGCUAAAUUUUGCAGAAAAUAAGACAUUCAAAUCUAAUCAUCAAAAACGGUAG